AUGGGCGGCGAGGAGCGCACGCACGCAGGGGGACGGAGCGGGGGGAGGGGGAGCGGGAGGCGCCGGCCUGUGCGGGGGAGGGGGACUCGGAGCUGUGCCGGCUCCGCCACGCGGGGCGAGGGGUCGCUGGGCCGCGCCGGCGGCCACCCUGGGCGGGCGGCGGAGAGGCAGAGGGAGGGCCCGGCGCGGCCUGCGAGCCGGCGGUGCUGGCUGCUGCCGCCGCGGCGCCCAUUGUGCCGCGCCCCGCCGCCCGGCCCGGCCGCCCUGGCGGCGCUGCGGCAUUGGGGGACGCUGGGGCCGGAAGGCGCGGCGAGGGGGAACAGCCAUGGGCGGCGGCGGCGGCCCGGGCGGGCGGCUCUGCGCCGCGCUCGGCGCAUGUGGCGAGGUGGGGGUGGCCAUGUUGCUUUUCGCCCGGAGGGUUCGGGUUGCCGGUCACCGAGGGGCGGCUCUUCCUCGCCGGCCGGCGAGCGCCCUUCCGGCAAGCGGGGAGCGUUUGGAGCAAGGUGUCGCGGUGAGGAAACCACUCCCAACCCUCAGCCUUCAGAAGAAGAGAAAGCUGAGCCAGCAGCACCUAGUCAGGAGGUUGCCAGCCCUGAACAGUAUAUUAAGCAUCCACUACAAAACAGAUGGGCACUCUGGUUUUUUAAAAAUGACAAGAGCAAAACUUGGCAAGCAAAUCUUCGUCUUAUCUCAAAGUUUGAUACUGUUGAAGACUUUUGGGCUUUAUACAACCAUAUCCAGCUCUCUAGUAAUUUAAUGCCUGGUUGUGACUACUCGCUCUUUAAGGAUGGGAUUGAACCCAUGUGGGAAGAUGAAAAGAACAAGCGAGGAGGACGAUGGCUAAUUACACUAAACAAACAGCAGAGGCGAAGUGACCUUGAUCGCUUCUGGCUAGAGACACUGCUGUGCCUUAUUGGAGAGUCAUUUGAUGACUACAGUGAUGAUGUAUGUGGUGCUGUUGUUAAUGUUAGAACUAAGGGUGAUAAAAUAGCAAUAUGGACAACUGAAUGUGAAAACAGGGAUGCUGUUACACAUAUAGGGAGAGUAUACAAAGAAAGAUUAGGACUUCCUCCAAAGAUAGUGAUUGGUUAUCAGUCCCAUGCAGACACAGCUACUAAGAGCGGCUCCACCACUAAAAAUAGGUUUGUUGUUUAAGACGACACCUUCUGAGUAUUCUUUCAUAGGAGACUGCGUCAAGCAAUCGAGAGUUGGGAGCUGAACCAAAGCCUCUUCAAAAGCAGAGUGGACUACAUUUAAAUUUGAUUUCCAUCUAAGUGUUGCUAAGAUUUGUGAGAAGUCUCAUUCGCCUUUGUCUUGUACUUCUGUGUUCCAUCUUUUGUUUUUUUUCCUUUUGUUUUUUUUUUUGUUUUUUUUUUCCUCUAUUUUGGCUGAAGUAACCAUUUCCAAUCAGAACUUGAGUACACUUCACCCCUCAAUUCAUUAAUGUUUUCCUGGCCCACUCUGUAAUAGCUUGAUAGAAACAUUACUAUUACAAGGAAAAAAUAGUUUAUCCACAGUAUUGAGAAAAGAAGAUGCAUUUCUGUACCUGCAGGAAAUUACUCUGUUUUACAUUUGCAUUGUAUGCAGUAACAUUUUGCUGGUUUGGAAAAAGAGUAUGGUGCAUACAGUUUUCUAGCAAUUUUUUUUUAUACAGCAUCACCUUUGCUGUUACGUAUGCUGAUGGCUGCUAGAUUAAUUUAUUUGUUUUCCCUAUUUGAUAACAUUAGUGAUAUUUUGAUUUCAGUUGGUUUUGCUCUUGUAACAUUUGGUGAAGAAUAUGGGAAUAUGACAAAGGUGGAAUAAACAUUAAUUUUGUGCAUUCUUUGGUAAUUUUUUUGGUUUUUUGUAACAUCAAAGCUUUGCUACAAAUUUAUGCAUUUCAGUCCAAUCGGUGAUCUGUUUGUGUGAUUUCCUAAACAUAAUUGUGGAUUUUUUUUUUUAAUGUAACACCAUAAUUUACAUUCCUUACUAGAAAUAGUAUGUCUGGUUUUGUAUCUUAUGCUGUAUUUUAACACUUUGUAUUACUUAGGUUAUUUUGCUUUGGUUAAAAUGGCUCGAGUAGAAAAGCGGUCCCAUUCAUAUUAAGACAGUGUACAAAACUGUAAAUAAAAUGUGUACAGUGAAUUGUCUUUUAGACAA